AUGUCGACGAUGCGACGUUAUCUGAGCGCGGAGAAGCAUGCGAGCAUCAUGGAGUGGGUUGAUAACGUCAACUUACAGCCUUGCGUCGGAAUGACAGUCAGUGAACCUAGCAAAGCAGCUAAACAGGCCGAUACCGCACCAUCACCACCCAUUCCGGUGAAGAGGAAGAGAGGGCGACCUCCGAAAUACAAGCAACUCACACUAGAGAGCACAAGACUGAGACGGGUCACUGUUGUGCCUCGGGGAGCGCAACAAAAACAAGACCAGGAAGAAGAUAAAGCAGAAGAAAAAGGGAAAGAACAUGUGAAGAAGGACGAUGGCGUUUCUAAACAGGAGCCGGAGAGCGGGAAAUAUGGGGAAGAUAUGGGAGAUAAGGUGAAGAAAGAAGCAUUGUCCGGCCAUCCGGUAUCAAGCGGCAAGAGCUCCAGUUUGCGCAUGAUAUGCGUGGAGAUCAUAGUGCCAUCCAGCGAGAAACACAAUUCUCGAGAGAAACAAGCUUGUGGAGAAGUUGGAAUAGAUAAUGAUAAGCGAAAGCGAGGGGUUACCAAGGGCAGGCGGGGACGGCCAAAAUAUCCCAGAUUGGAUGCAGAGAAGGGCUAA